AUGUACUUCCCUCUCCCUUAUGGGCUUGAGUGCAUGAACCCUUUUGCACUACAUAUGCGAACUCGCAGUGGGCAGAGGCCUUAUGAAUGUACACAGUGUGGGAAAGCCUUUAGGUAUGCCUCAAACCUCAUUAGACAUAGGCGAAGUCACAGUGGGAAGAGGCCUUAUGAAUGUAAGGAAUGUGGGAAAGGUUUUAGUCGUGCCUCACAUCUCACUGUCCAUGUAAGAAAUCACAGAGGAGAGAGGCCGUAUGAAUGUAAGCAAUGUGGGAAAACCUUUAGCUAUUUCUCAUCCCUUACUAAACAUAGAAGAACCCACAGUGGGGAGAGGCCUUACAAAUGUAAGGAAUGUGGGAAAGCCUUUACUUAUUCCUCAUCCUUUAUUGAACAUACAAGAACUCACAGUGGGGAGAGGCCUUACGAAUGUAAAGAAUGUGGGAAAGCCUUUAGUUGUUCCUCAUCCCUUACUACCCAUAGAAGAACUCACAGUGGAGAGAGGCCUUACAAAUGUAAGGAAUGUGGGAAAGCCUUUAGGCAUGCCUCGUCCCUCACUAUACAUACGCGGACUCACAGUGGAGAGAGGCCCUAUAUAUGUAACGAAUGUGGGAAAGCGUUUAGUUGUUCAUCAUCUCUUACUAUUCAUAGAAGAAUUCACAGUGGAGAGAGGCCAUAUGUAUGUAAGGAAUGUGGGAAAGCCUUUAGUUUUUCCUCAUCCCUUAGUGAACACAGAGGAAGUCACAUACGAGAGAGGUUCUAUGUAUGUAAGGAAUGUGGGAAAGCCUUUAAUCAAGCCUCAUCCCUUCCUAGACAUAUGCGAACUCACAGUGGGGAGAGGCCUUAUGAAUGUAAGGAAUGUGGGAAAGAUUUUAGUCUGCCACUGUCUUGA